AUGAUUUCCCCAUGCGCCUUCGUAUUUCAGGUGAACCGUUUGAAGCCAGAACUUAUAAAACUGGCUAAGCCAACACCUCAAGAAACGAAGCUACUGUCAAAUGUUAAUGACCAGGAAAGCCUUAGGUUUCAUAUUCCAGUCAUAAUGUCUUACAGGAACAAUAAUCCUUCCUCAAUGAAUGCAAAUUGUGAUCCGGUUAAGGUGAUUAGGGAAGGACUAAGUAGGGCAUUAGUGUAUUACUACCCUAUGGCUGGUAGGCUCAGGGAAGGGCCUAACAGAAAGCUUAUGGUGGAGUGCAAUGGAGAAGGUGUCUUGUUCAUAGAGGGUAAUGCUGACGUCACUCUUGCGCAACUCAGGGACACGAUUGCACUCCCUUCUCCAUUCUUAGAGGAGUUUCUUUAUAAUGUUCCAGGCUCUGAAGGGAUUCUUGGUUGCGCUCUGUUGUUGAUUCAGAUCUUGGCCCUUCAAUACAAUGAAAUAGGUGCUAAGAUAUGA